AUGCCGCGGCUCUCCUUCUAUGAUGGCACAGCGGAGCUCACAACUCGGAACGGCUUCCUGGACGUGGACGUCCGCAGCAAGGAUGCGGACGGGGCCCGGCGCCGUGCCCACAGUGCUCCGCCGCGCGUGGCAUGCGAAGAGGCGACUGGCGAUGACAGCGACGAAGGAAAGCUGAUCUGCCACACGCCCAGCGAACGCACCGUGAGCACGGAGUACGGCGACUCCGAUGUCGACUUCGAAAGGCAGACGACAGGCUGCCCAGAGGAUCUGCUGAGCCUGGCGGGCUUGCAAGAUCUCACAUCGGUCCGCACAGUCAUGAUCAAGAACAUCCCAUGCCGAUGCAGAACCGACGAAAUUCUCCAUGCUGUGGAUUCCGUAGGUUUCGCCGGGACGUACGACUGCUUCUACCUUCCAAUGAACCGGCAGGGCAUGGGCUACGCGUUUCUCAACUUCACCGAGUUGGGUAUCGCCGCACGCUUCAAGGAUGCCAUUUCGGGCUACUGCUUCCCUGGCCGCAGGAGCACCAAGCGAGUGGAGGUGCGCAGGGCCGUGUUGGCUCUGUUGGUAUGA